AUCGCAUGCUCAUUUGACCGACUUCCUUGAAAUGUUUUUGUUUUGAUUUGUUGUUAACGAUCGUGUUGAGCCGAAAUCGUGCGUUUGUUGCGGUUUUAAAAACCUUUUUUGGAAAAUAAUUUUGAAUUUACAACGUUUAGAAAACACCCAUGCAAAUAGAACUUGCUACAGCAAAUAUAAGUAACUAGUAACUAGUGGUAGUGAAAGGCAGCUUUGUUUUAUGAAGGAGAUUAUUUCAUGCUACAUUAAUAUUGAAAAUUGUCACCGGAUAGGAUAAAGCUCUGAACUGCAGCUUUGCUGCUAUAUUUGUUGGCAGUCAGCAACCGUGUCUGUGAAUACGAAUCGAAGAUGAUGCACUACAAGAAGGGUAAAAAUGUCGAAGAAGAACUGUCCAAGGAGCAAAUUCCUAUCGAAGUAUUGCCGGAGCAGUUUUUGUGGAUGCACGUGAAAGGUGGCUCACGCAUUUUUAACCUCGUGGAUUAUGCGAAAAAGGCACUGGAGGCAGGAGAGUAUCGAUCCAUAGUUUGGAGUGGAUCCGGUGGUGGUACCGGAAAGACCAUCAGCUGCGCCGAAAUUAUGAAGAAGGACUUUGAGUUGCAUCAGGUUACGCGGGUGUGUUAUAGCAAGGUGGAAGAAUAUUGGGACCCCCAACAAGAGGGUCUGGAACAGAUUGUAGCAACCAGAAAGAUACCAAGCAUUCACAUUCUGUUGUCUCUGGAUGCAAUCGACCCGAAAACAGCAGGUUACCAACAUUCGAAAACGCGAACCACAUUCUGGAUGGAAGGCAAUUCCGAGUUCAGAAAUGGAGAAAAUCGCAAAAGUUCGAACUAUUUUUCCGGUCCACAGUUAAAGAAAAGACCCAAUAAGCAUUAUUCCGAUAGUAAAAGUGCUGGAGAAAAUAGCAAUGGUAACAUCAACAAUAGGAACAAAAAUAAAAACAAGGACAAAUUUAGUAAACCAGGCAAUGAUGAGGCACGGACUAAGCAAAAUAACCAUCCAAGUGGGAGUGGCCUGCGAAACAGUAAAAAAGCUAAUAAUGAUAAACACAGUUCCAAAGUAAAUGUUCCCGAAAGUGAUGCUUCGGCUAAAAGUACGUCCUCUGGGCAGUCCGAAAUGGCAUGACAAACAGUGUGAACAUUGUAUGCACGGAGAGGGACGUUAUUACGUCCUUUGUUCCAACUGAUAUACACCGGUUAUCUUAGAA